GCCCUCGCCGGCCCCGGGGCUCGAACCCAGGACCUUCUUGCUGUGAGGCGACAGCGCUAACCACUACACCACCGUGCCGCCCAAAAGCUCUAACUUUCUCAUUUAAACUGUUUUUUCAGCCACAAUUUUCACUCUACACACACAAUUUUCUCAAAAGUUGUAGUCACACUUGUCUUGAUUCACAAAAUGUACCUGAGCGAUAGGAUUUACAGUUUUUGAAUGAGAAGCCUGAAAGUAAGGAGAGGACAGCCGCGCUCUCCCAUAGACUCACAUUAUAAACCUGGCAUCGCUUUUACUGCAAAAUCAGAAAAGUCACUUGUUUUUAACUCGCUCUAGUGGCCACAUAUUUUACACUAGGGACAAAAAAAAUUACAUUAAUGUGUUCAUGGGAGCCUUGUAGCACUCAAUGUGAAAGAAUUUUGUGAAUAGCUCCUUUCGUUUCUGUGUAAAUCAGCGUUGUUUGAGGAGAGGGAACUCUGAGAGAAAAAGCGCUCUUUGCUUGUUAUAUUGUGUCUUUUCCCUGCACCGUUACCAAGGCGAUGAGCUCCACUCAGGGAGCAGAGAGGGGAGGGGCUGCUCUCUUUCUCUCAUGGUGUAUUGAGCUGUUAUAUUUACAGAAAAAUUCAUGUUAAAAGGUGUCUCAUGCUGCAUCAGAUUCAUCAGAAGGUGGUAACUCAGGUGACCUGCAAAGAAAUUCAUUAUAUUUUGUGAAAUUAUUCCUGUCUAAAUAUAGGUUAUGGCAGCCAUCUUGAAAAAAAAAUGCCUGCCUACCGACCCUAGUUUUGAAAUCUACGUAACCGGAAAAAAACACUUUUUUUUUUUGGCCUAAGGAGAGCUUCCUGCAGUAUAGAAAAGCUCUUAGUGCUGCUAGAUCAACAUAUAUCUUCUCCCAAAUAGAAGAUGAUGAUAAUCCUAGAUUCCUAUUUAAUACUGUAGCAGAAUUAACCAGGAGUAAGACCACUAUCGACACUUGCAGUAUGUAGUAGCAACGACUUCAUGAAUUUUUUUCAAGGACAAAAUUGAAACUAUCCGACAAAAUAUUGAAACUACGAAUUUAAGGUCAGACAACUGAAGUGACAAUUUAAGUAACCCUGUAGUUAACAAUAUAACCAUCAGAUCAGCAAUUAGAAUGUUUUACUCCCCUUAGAGAAAUCGAACUACUUUCAUUAAUCUCAUCAAAAUCCUCAAUUUGUGUACUAGAUCCCUUACCUACACAACUAUUCAAACAGAUAAUACCUGAAGUAAUUAAACCACUUUUAAAAAUAAAUUCUUCUCUUAGGAUUAGCCAGGGCUCGACAUUAGCACUUGUCCGAUGGCCCAGCGGUGUUUUUUACGUCUUUCGGGCCACUAAAUUUGGCCAAACAGUGGCCCGGGCGGGCCAGUACGUUUUCGAUACAAAUUAACAAAUUUUAUUACUCAUAUUUUACCCAGAAUUGUGAACAAAUUGUUCGUAAAAUGCACCUUUUUGAUACGAGGUCCACCAUCUUUUCGUCACGCUCCGCUCCGCGGCAGGAGUGUGUCGUCUUCGUGCAUCUUCGGAGAUGUUCGGAAGCGUCAUUUUGGCGGGAAAAUCGCAUCUUGUAGAUGAAGACGGUUGCGGCAAGGAGACCAUCAGAACGGUGAAAUUCAAAUAGAAAUAUGUUCAAACUCCACGCUCCCUAACCUGGCCAAGGCCAGUUAAACAGUUUAAAUACGAUCGUGCAUAAAUUAACUAUCGGGUGUUAACGAACGGCUUCAUUUUGAACUCGGCAGCAAAUCAGGGCGCGCGACGUCACGCUCGGUUUACAACUCGCCAAAUCGUAAAACAGCAUUUCAACACACGCGCUUUAGCUUCAGAUGGUGUAAAAUCAUUCAGACUUUGUAUAUUAAUAUCAAAAUUUCAGGAUACACUGCCAAGAAAUAUGGCUACACGUCUAUCAACUUUUAAUGAUUAAAGAAUUAAGUAUAAAUGUUGGUUGCUAUGACUGAAGUAGAAGAACAGAUAAAAUAAUGUGGUAAAUUAGAUCUGAUCCCAUUAUAUUAUAUUAUUCAAAUAUCCAAAGAUGAUGAAAUCUAUCAAAAUAGCCAAACUAGGUCUACAUUAGUUCAUUACAACAAAAAUAACUAUUCUGACCCUCUCUGGUACAACCAGACCAUGCUAAACCCAGUAUACCCCCAGUUGCUAGGGUAUCUGCUGUUGCCAUGGCAACAGUUUAUGCAAAUGAGCUGAAUUUGCAAAAAUGUACUACUAGUUCCCUCAAGGAGAUAUCCUGAAAAUUUGGUGUUUAUAUCUUGUCUUAUUAAAAAAACACAACAUUUCACCCCUUUUUGGCUCACCUGAGCAUACCUGUUAAUUAGCUAAUUAACAGGUAAUUAGGGUUAUAAAUCACCCCUGAGCAGGUAAGGCUUUGCAAAAAUCUCACUAGAUUAUUCCCCAAAGUCCACCCUUUCAGGAAAUGUAUGGUUUGUCAGUGAUUCUCAUGAUAUUUUAUUAAUUAAGAAAUAAAACUUCUUCAUGGGCAAUAAAAAUGCCCAUUUAAAUCCAGCAUGAUAAGGGUUAGUAUGCCACCCUCACUUUUCAUCCAGACUUGGGACUGGCCUGUGUGUGUGUCUUGUGGCUAUUGUAUAAAGGUGUAUUUAAAAAGUUCAUUGUACCUCUAUUUCUAUAAGAAUAUCUACAGUGUUGAGAAUUCAGUAUCUACGAUGUUGAGAAUAUAUGAGCCAAAGUUGAAACCAUGACAAAAAAGGAAAAUAUGUCUACAUCACACAGGGUGGGUUACAGGCAAAGCUUAUUCUAUAAACAAGUUAGUUGCAUGGUGAGGCAAAACUUAUACAAACAAUUGUUAAUGUAAAACAGUAAUCAACAGCAUGUGUUAAACGAACAGAGAACAAGAACAAAGGAAAUUUUUAAAUGUAACUAAGAAAUUGAUAGAACAAGAAAUGCAAACAAUAAAAUAUCAAUGUGAACAAACAAUAAAGAUAUAAUAAUGUUAGCAAAAUAUGAAUAAUCUUAUUUUCAUUAAUUUCACCUUAAAAUGCACCAGAAUGCACGAAUAUGAAUUGAAAAAUCUAAAUUUUCCGGGGGAGGGCCCCCAGACCCCCCUCUUUGUGCAAGCACCUAUGGUGCUUGCAGCGGCUGCCUGCGGCAGCUGUGGUUCGGGUACCGCACGCAUUCGGGCCACCACAUUUUCCAUUUGGGCCAGUAACUUUUCAAUUCCACUGGCCCAAUGGGCCACCAGUGGUAAAUGCUUAAUGUCUAGGCCUGAUUAGCUAUGUACCCAAAUCCUUUAAACUUCAGUGUUUCCCACAGACCACAGGGAUGAGAAUUUUCUGCGGAAUUCCGAGUUUUUCCCGCUGAAAAUGUCAUUUUUGUGAAAUGUGUAAAUCUGUUGAGAAAAUUUCGGGGGGGGGGUUCCGGGGUGUGUGUAUGGUUAACGAUCUGUGGUCACCUUAUAACGCAGACAUCCCGAGUCUCCUGGAAGUUCCGGGAGUCUCCCGCAUAUUGAUAGCGGCUCCCUGAUGCCCGCAAAUUGGAGAAUAUCUCCCGGAAUCUAGAGCAAGCGCAUGCACGCGAAACAAUGUCUGCAUCGCGCAUCUUAGAAUGUGCGCAUAUGAUGAAGCUCGAGAGAGACUGCGAGUGUGCCUGUUCAUGUAGCGCAUGCUAGACAAAGAGCAUCCUGACUGGGUUACUCAGCAAAAUAAGCCAAUCAGCUUUCAGUAUGGGCGGGCUUUUAUCCCUUUUCUUAAGGACCGAAGUUUUCAGUUGAGUCAGUGCAGCCAACAGGAUCGGCAUGGCAGAGAGAGAGCACGCGCGCGCCCCAAAAAACAAAAAUACAAAACCCACUUCACCUCAGAUUACACAAAAGAAUCUCCCUGUCUAAUAAGGGUAAGCAAUAAUUACAGUUUCGCGCGAUGUACUGUUUGCAGCAGUGAUUUUAGCAUUGCCCAUGGUGGCUUAAAUGAUUGUAAAGGACAUGUUGAGGUGAGGAGUGUCAGUUCAUGUGCAUUAUAUUUAGGCCUACAACAGGCUGUCAUGAAAAGACCAAACUUACUGAAGAUUUCCGUAAAGUAACAAUGUAUGAAUAUACAUCAUAUAUAUAUCAAAUACACGUCAUAUGUGUGUAUCUUUUAUAAAUGGGGUUAGCUUAUCUAAUGUAGCACAUUGGGGAGAAUCAUAGUAUCAUAUCUAUAUUUCUGAUAAAAUUUUAGGUAUGAUGCCGUGUAUAACUCUCCUACUUAUUGCUCAUUUCAUAGGGGGAAUUGCUGGUAUGUGCCGCGCGGGAGCGUCUGCCCAAAUUUUUUAGGCCAAGAUGAACUUAGUUUUUGAUUAAAAAAAAAUUUCCAAUAUGUAAUGCCAAUUGUACAUGCCUGUUCUUUAACUCAAAAUCACCAUCUUAAUCUUCAGAUUGACUGUAUGGUAUCUGUAUUGCAUUACACACACAUGCAAACUCCUCACCUUUCGGCGAAAUUCGCCGUUUUGGUCCCAAAAUAGGUCACUUGUGUGAAUCGUGUAGAUCCGAAGAGUUUUUUUUUUUUUUUUUUUUGGGGGGGGGUAGGCAGGCUACAACGUUAUUGUUGCCAAACAUUUCACUUACAAGGUUACAGCCAAUCGAGAUAAACAGUAACACGUGCUUCUUUUCCAUUGGAGUUCUGAUCAGCUGGUGCGCAACCCACUGCUGGUUGCCAGUCCUCGCUUACGAAUAUUCCACAGAUUCAGACCGCAAAGUCACCUUUAUAGAGAGAUCUGGCAACCUCAUCUCGCGACUGGAUCUGAACAUACCAAUGGAACAGUUUCCAGCGCGCUCGGGGGUGAAUAACUGGAAAAGUCGUUGGAUUUUGUUGCUGUUACGUGUUGAGGUAAGUCUUUUACAGUGCCAGAAAUGUGUACAUAAAUGUAACUGUCUAAUAUGUUUUAACAUACGUGCUGAAAUCAAGUUUAAGACAUAACACGUUAGCUAGCUCCAUAAGACGGCUACAGAUGUAAAUACCAGCUGCUAUAGCUUACUGUCGCCAGAUAUGAGAGAUAUGAAAACGAACACAUGAUCAGCUCAGUGGCGUGGUAUAGAGAAAUUCCCUCUUCACAAUGGAUGGUUUUCAAAUAGUUUUUUUUUCGAGAGCUAGAAAGCCGACAGGGUGUUUUUCUCCUAAAAAUAAGCACCAAGCGUCUUUUCAAAUCCCCAUGACAACCGUUUGUUCUAGCUUGCUCUGGCUGUAGAGCGCAAGCAAUGUACAAGCACAAGUAAUAGUUCCAAUUAUUUUUAUAUUUUCUGGUAGUAUCGAAGUUACUGGGGAACUCUUGACAUGGGUUUAGUCACCGUUCGCUACAACUUGCGUUGAACACCGCGAGAGCUAGUAAAGCUCCAGUGGAAAAUGAUUUGCUCCUGUUUGCUAGAUAUUUUAAUGAAAUUAGCGUCAAACUUGUGUUGUCAACACUAAGUAACAGAAACACUGGUCGCCAGGAUUGUUAUUUAUUGAUUCAUUGAAACAUAAUGGUUCUGAGCCAUCUAAAAAUAGCGAAAACUGGCCCGUCUCGUGUUGUACACUGUUCUGCCUUCAUCCAUUGACUCGGCGCAAUUUUUUUUUAGCGUGAGAGGAGACGUCAGGAAAGGCUUAUUUAGACCAGAGGCUACUAAAGCUGUAGUGUAAAGUCGCUUUGUUGCCAUUGUUGUUUAGUCGCUGCUGUAGCUUUUGUCGCUUGUCACCAUUCAAAGUCAAUUACUUUUGGCUGUUGUACAGCUUUAGCCUCUGUGAUCUCUGAACACAGUAAAGAGAGUGGUUUACAGUUAAUAGUACUGAUGUACCACUUACACAACAUUAUUCUUGUAGAAUGAGUGUGUUAGGGGAGGAGGACGCUGCAGCUGUUAAAAAGCUGGAUGCUGAAAUAAAAUGCAGCUGGAAGUGGACCUGGCUUAAACUGGAGGGCAAGGUAUCCGUGAAGGGACGAGGUGUCAUUUUACAUAGGUGAUGUCUUUAAGAAAAUUGACAGACAGGGAUUGGCCAGGUGUGUCCUCUGCCACAAGGACAUAAACUAUGCGAAAAAGGGCAGCCAUGCUUUGAUGGCUCACGUCCAAACAGAAAUACAUAAGAAGAAGAUGGAAAUCAUUGCAUCCACACACAGUGUUGCCAACACUUUCCUCCCAGCAUCAGCAAGGCAGAGUCAGGCAAGCCAGAGCCAACCAACUCAGGGCCCAGAGACCAUAAGGCAGCAGUUUCAGGGAAAGGUGGCGGUACCUGUAGUAAACUGCAUUGCAAAUGCAGCAGUAGGUGGGGCAGGUCUGUUAGAUAGCACAGGCAGCAAUACCUUUUUGUAAAUAGCCCACUGUGUUGUACACAGGGGUGAAAAUUAACUUCACAAAAUAUCAAACUUUACCGGCCACUGACAAAUAAAUGGUACAAUUUACCGGCCACUCAACAGUAACUUAUUAUUCUGUGUCCCAAAUCUACCAGCCACUCAUGUUUUACCAGCAUUUGGCUGGUGCUAAUUUUAGUCCCUGGUUGUACAGCUCACUCACUUAAGUGCAGACAAAGAGAUAUGCUGUACAACACAGUUGGCUAUUUACAAAAAGGUAUAUAUAAAAACGGGGAUAUUUACAUCACAGUAUAGAAUAAUAGAAUAAAAACUACUGGUGCAAAAGAGAAACACACACACACAGGUCCUAUUUGCAAGCUGGUAUUGGCCAUUAGUCAUCCAGGUUAUUGCACAGAUUGUCAUGUUAAGAUACUACAGUUGAGAUGGGCCUAGGCUGGGUCAGUAUACAACCAAAUAUACAUGCUUAGAUUGUUUACAUUAUAGAGAGGUGUGUUCCAAACAUAACCUGAUCCAUGUGUUAGUACCCAAUUUGAAAUAAUUUUCCUGUUCUAGGCCAUGGUGCUUGGAGUACUUGCAGGGCGCUCGCUGCCCUUCUGUAUAGCUCCAGUUAUUGUUGAACUUGCUCAGACCCUUGCAAAGGACAAAGUGGCAUUGCAAGGAAUGAAACUUUCAAGGACAGCAGCCGCUUACAAGAUGGUACAUGGAUUGGGGCGGACCUACUCGGAAAGGACUUUCUCCUACUUGAGGAGUAGACCUUUUUCUUUGAACAUAGAUGAAAGUACAACAAACAACAACAAAAAGGUGUUGUCCAUGCUCGUGAGCUACGACCACGACGAUCUGAAGAAAGUUGUUGUUGAGCAUCUAGGAACAUUGGAGAUCUUAAAAGGUACUGCUGCCAGCUUGGAGAGAGAGCUCUGUCAGUUCUUCGACCAGAACAACAUACCAUGGAGAAACCUGGUAAGCAUUUUGAUGGAUUCAUGUGCGGUCAUGAGAGGAAGCAAGACUGGCUUGGAGACAAGAAUCCAUCAGCACUGUCCAGGCCUUCUUGACAUAGAUGGGACUCUUGUCACCAUAUGCACAAUUGUGCAAAGAAAUUUGCAGAGCCAUUUGAAUGUCACCUGGAGCAGUUAUUCAGUGAUCUGCAGAUGGACCACCAGUGGUGCCCAGAUCAGGUGCAGUACUUUAAGGAGCUAUGCCUCAUGCUGAACAUUCCUGCCUCCAGUCCUCAGAGGGGGUUUGUAAACCAUCGCUGGCUUUCAGCAUAUGAUGCCAGCAUGAGCACUUGCAGCAUGCUACCAGCUUAUCCUGUAUUUUGGGUACUUAAGCGUGGAGGACCAGGAACUGUACCAAGAGCCCCUGGAAGCCUUAUACACCCAAUACGGUCUGAGUCAGGCAGGAAAAAGCAGGAUCAGGUUGAUGCAUGAAGACCUCAAGAGGAAAGGUAUGACUCAGCAGGGCAAAGAUCGCAAGAAGAGGGUGUGCCAAAAAAUCUGGCAUCAGGAGACAAUCACAAAGCUGCAGCUCAGUGUUUACAUUGGUGUCCUGGCCAUUUUUAAGGAGUACGUCAUGGUUUUCCAGGGAAGUGAAACAUUGGUGCACAAGCUACAUGAAAAACAGCUUGAGCUGUUCAUGUCCUCCUUGGCCUGCUUCAUUAAGGGGGAGUACUUCACAGCAUUGUCACCCAGGGCUCUUGUUAACCUGGUCUUGGAAGACCACAUGAUUUUGCCUGCAAGAGAGAUCUAUGUUGGACAGGAUGCAGACACAUUCAGGUCAAAGACUCCAAAUCAUGCUCUGCUGAAGCCAUUUACGGAGAAGCUAAAAACGGCCUACACAACCACUGCUGCAUAUAUGCAGGCAAAGCUUCCCUUGAACAGCCAGACCCUGAAGACCCUCUCCGCUCUGGACCCACUUUUGAGAAGCCAUUCUCAAGGACCCAUCCAACUGAAGAGGCUGAGUGGAAUGUUGAGCCACCUCCUUCCACCAGGCUGUGAUGUCCACCAAGAAAUCCUGAAGUUCAGUGUGGAUCUGGCGUUGCCUGUCUACAAGGAGGGAGAUUGCUUGGUGGAGUGGUGGGAUCACAUCUUUCAGAAGGAGAAAUGUCAGGCCCUCACUGCACUAGUGAAAAGUGCUCUGUCCAUCUUCCAUGGCCCCAGGGUGGAGUCAGCCUUCAGUCUAAUGAAUGAAGUGAUUGACUCCAAAAGCGGGAAUAUGAAAGUUGUGACCUGCAAUGCCAUUCAAACUGUAAAAUAUAACCACCUGGCAAGAGGGAAAUCAGCCGUGGAGUUGUUUAAAAGGGAGGAUGUGUCUUGUGGGGAGGUGGAUCGUGUGCUGUGCAAAAACAUCCGGACAGCCGGAACAGCUGACAAACGCCAGCGACAACAGCGUUUGAAAAAUGCUGAAUGUGGAUGGUCUCACAGUGCAACAGCAAGCAAAGCCCAGGUGGCUGAGAAGGAGAAGCAGGCCAGGCUGAGGCACGCAGCUAAACACAGGAAGAGGGCCUGUGAACUCCUGGUGCAGGCCAAAAAGAAAAAAAAAAAAAUGGCUGUAAAGAAAGCGUCCACUUGAAUUGAAUUGUUGUCCAAUAAAGACAUGUUUA